UCCGUAGCGAGCCAUAUCCACCCAUUGAAUGCGCCUGGAUUGAGGAUCAUCUCCCCUCUUUUCCCUCUUGGACCUCCAAUUCUCCAUCCUCCAUGGCCGCUUCUUUCGCUCGCCUAGCGGGCAAUGCGCCCAAAAGGCUCUGCCUCCGCCCCUCCUCUCUCAACACAUCCAUUCCUCGUUCCCGCUCGAUAGCCACCUCUGUUCCUCGCCGUCAGGCAGAGGCUACUAGCUACCAGGCCACACGACUUGUGCCGACCGACCCGACCUUCACCUCUAUCGCCAACAAGGGUCUUCCCGAGGACUCCGAUGCUGCUGGCCUUGAAUCCGAGGCCGAAGGGAUCGACCGCAAGAUCCGUCAUUACACUGUCAACUUCGGUCCUCAGCAUCCCGCUGCUCACGGUGUGCUCCGAUUGAUUCUGGAACUCAAUGGCGAAGAGAUCGUUCGCUCCGAUCCCCACGUCGGUUUACUUCACCGUGGUACUGAGAAGUUGAUCGAGUACAAGACCUACAUGCAGGCUCUGCCUUACUUUGACCGAUUGGAUUACGUCUCCAUGAUGACGAACGAGCAGUGCUUCUCCUUGGCUGUUGAGAAGCUGUUGAACGUCGACAUCCCUGAGCGUGCCAAGUGGAUCCGCACCAUGUUCGGCGAGAUGACCCGAAUCCUGAACCACCUCAUGUCCGUCCUGUCCCACGCAAUGGACGUUGGUGCCCUGACUCCUUUCCUGUGGGGUUUCGAGGAGCGUGAGAAGCUCAUGGAAUUCUACGAGCGUGUCUCCGGUGCCCGUCUUCACGCUGCUUACGUUCGCCCCGGUGGUGUGUCACAGGAUAUCCCCCUUGGUCUUUUGGACGACAUCUACCAGUGGGCCACUCAGUUCGGUGACCGCAUCGACGAGACCGAGGAGCUGCUCACGGAUAACCGUAUCUGGAAGGCCAGAACCCAGGGUGUCGGUGUUGUUAACGCCACCGAUGCUCUCAGCAUGAGUUUCACUGGUGUCAUGCUCCGUGGCUCGGGUGUCCCCUAUGAUAUCCGCAAGUCGCAGCCGUACGAUGCCUAUGACCAGGUUGAGUUCGACGUCCCCGUCGGUGUCAACGGUGACUGCUACGACCGUUACCUCUGCCGUAUGGAGGAGUUCCGUCAGUCCCUCCGCAUCAUCCACCAGUGCCUGAACAAGAUGCCCGCUGGUCCGGUCCGUGUUGAGGACUACAAGAUCUCCCCUCCUCCCCGUGCCGCCAUGAAGGAGAACAUGGAGGCUCUCAUUCACCACUUCCUUCUCUUCACCAAGGGUUACUCCGUUCCCCCUGGUGAGACCUACUCAGCCAUUGAGGCCCCCAAGGGUGAGAUGGGUGUCUUCCUGGUCAGUGAUGGCAGUGAGCGGCCAUACCGCUGCAAGAUCCGUGCUCCUGGUUUCGCCCACUUGGGUGGCUUCGAUCAGGUGUCUCGUGGUCACCUGCUCGCCGAUGCUGUCGCAAUUAUCGGUACUAUGGAUCUUGUGUUCGGUGAGGUUGACCGAUAGACGGUAUUGGUAACGCAAUAAUAAAAAAGAAAAACCAAACCCGAAGAAAACCUUCCCAUGGCACCCUCUUAGAUGGUUAGAUUCGCCUGUGCUGGGGAAAAAAUCAGAAAAGAGGAACCAACCAUUUUCCUUUAUGUGAUCUAUAAACCCUGGAACUUUCGACGCUGGCUAGGGUGUACCAAAUGUUCCAUGUUUUCUUCCCAUGGCGUUGUGCUAUUAUGUCUUGUCCUUCUCCUUUGUGUGUCUG